CACAGUAUUAAAGGGACGUUCCCUACCAUUCUACCCCGUACCUCCGUCUCGCACCAGCAACUGAGCGCAAAGCCGGCGUAGCAUAUCAAUUCAAUACCUGGCCUGGUCCCGCUCCAUCUAAUCGACUAUAUCUGUUCAUCAGCACCGCAACCUACAACGGCAAAAUGCCCUCCCUGUGCGACCUAAUGGGCAACCUCUCCCUCGGUGAUGGCGACAUCGCUACUAAGAAACCCGAUCCGCUCUCGCACAUCACCCAAGAGCAGUUCAACGAUGGCCGCGACCGGCGCUUCGGUACGACAAAUCCGGAGCGAAUCGACAUUCCAUUCUAGAAUGCCAUGGUGGAGUCGGGGCACUGGGCAGAUACCGCGCGUAGGAGGUUCGUCGAAGGUGAGAAGGCGACGGAAGAUGAGGAGGGCGACGACGGAGAAGACAGCGAUGAAGAUGAGGGGAGCGACUCUGAAGCGGCGGGCACGAUUACCCUCCGCGACCCAUUGAUGAACAUGCUGGAGAGUCUGGAAAAGAGUGGAUUCUCUGCGUCGAAAGUCUUCUGGGGCAACCCCAUCUGGUGCAAUGCCCGCAUGGGCGAGACCGUGACCAAGCUACCGGACGGUACUCUCGUACAGAUUGGCGGCGAGCACGAAGACUUCUACGAUCCUGACUUCCUUGUCUACAACGACGUCAUCGUGUUUGCUCCUACUCCGGAUGGCAAAUCCUGUCGUACUGGCGCUCCCAACUUCGAGAUAUACGGUUACCCCGAGGAGGUCUUCCCGGAGACGGAUUUCCAUACUGCUACCCACGUUCCGUCACUGAACGCCAUCCUGAUUCUCGGCAAUGCAUCUCGCGAGGUUGAAGAGGGCGAAGGCCUCCAAGCUCCUCUCGCGACUCCGAUAUACCUGCUAAAAGUGGGCACUUGGGGGAUGGAGAAGGUGGAGACGGCGGGCGAUGGUCCUGGGAUAAUAUGGAACCACAAAGCGGAGCUCAAGGAUGGUCAAGACGUGCUGAGGGUUGCCGGGGUCGACGGCGAGUGGGAGGGCGAUAGAACACAGCGAACGGUGGUCAUCAAGGAAGGCGAGACCAGGACUGUCGGGGUCGAGUUCGAAGAGGCAUGGGAGCUGGACUUGGCCAAUAUGAGGUGGACGAAGGAGGCGAGCAGCUGGGUGACGGUCCCGAAGAAGAAGCGGGGCGGAAAGGGGGCUCCCUUCUAGGCAAGGCGCACAUCUGGAAGACUGCUCCCACUCUUGCGCCAAGUGGUACCUAGGUGGCUUCGUUUAGCUACUGCGGCGCCGGCACCAAUGGAUGGAAUAGCUUUGGCUACUAUGAGCAUCGACGAAAGUAAAUUGAGACUAUAGGAAAUGUAUAUCUGAUGUGCUAUGACGAUCGCACAAUGCGCAAUG